CAUACCCCUCAGUGGCUGAUCUCAACGGCUCCGGCCACGAAGGAGACUUGGCAGAACGCGAGUAAUGGAGGCAGUGGGAAACUUAACAGGGUAACUCGUCGCGGGCUACGCUUCCGGCUUCGGAAGGAGUCGCGACGCGCGGGGUGCCGCAGCGUGUGUCUGUAUCCGGCCGCCCCCGCAACUCCGCGGCAGGCCGUCUACCGUUCCCCGCGCCGUUCGUAGGCGGCUCGACGGCACGAAUGGCGCAGAGUGCGGCGGGCGGGGCGCGGCGGUGCGCGCUGGUGGUCGAUGGCAGGCAGGUGGCGGGCGGCGGCGAGGAGUCGGGGCUGUGGGGCACACGCGAGGAGCGGGUGACCGUCGGGGGCGAGAGCAGCGUGGAAUGGAGCGCGGAGGGCGUUGUGCGCAAGCGACUCACCACCGACCAUGCCGUCUCGCAGGCGGCGUGGGUGCGCAUGCACGGGGAGGCGGGGCUCUCAUCGCUCGCCCUGCUGCAUCCUCAUGCCAUCACUGUCGCCAGCGCCAAUGGUGACAUUCACGAGAUCCCGCUGCCCUUCUCCUGCCCCCGCAUCUGGCCCCUCCCCAUCGGUGUGCUCCUGCACCCGCUGCACCCGCUACAGCCACACCACACCCCCCCUCCCGCCUCCACCUCGCCUUCCAUCCGUCCCUCCUCCUCCCUCCCCACGCCGUUUUCUCCUGCCCCCCCAUUCGCCUUCCCCGCCCCCCUCGCUGCCGCUGCGCCCUGCCCGCCCUCCACCUCCCCCAUCCCCUUCCCCUCUCUCUCCCCUCUCACUCCCCCUGCCUUCUCGCUCCCUUCGGGUGCGCCUGUUGCCAAUGCUGCUGCUGCUGCUGCUGCCGGGACUGCUGGCAAGGAGGGAGCGCAGGCAGGGGGUGGCGGGGAGCGGGUAGAGGCGGGUGCUGCUGGGCACGGCAAUGAGGCCAUGGGGGGGCCUCACGUGGAGGCGGGGUGCUUCACACUCACACACGCACAUGAUGAGCUGCAGCCUGUUCGUGUGCCGGCGUCGCUUGCUGCGCUGCACAGCGCAGGGGAGGAGGUCGUGUGGUCGUCCACGGAGGUUCCCCUCCUUGCCACCUUCAACCACACCCAUCGCCAGCACUCCGUGUGGCACCUGUGCUACCACCCCGACCCCGACCGCUCCCCGCGCCACCCACCUUACGCCACGUCAGCAGCAGAGCAGGACCCUUUGCAUGCUUCCUUGGGCCGUGUUUCUCCAAUGCCUGCUGCCGGGGGGGCGGUAGUGAGAGAGGGCGGGGUGGGGGGAGGGAGCGUGGGGCGUGUGGGUGAGGAUGGAGGCGUGGUGGGUGAUUUGAGGCAGCAGCAGGGGAGAGUGCGUGGGGGGGGCACUGUGGGGAGUGGGGGACGGCAAGCGAGGGGAGGGGGGAGAGGAGGAGGGUCAAGCACGGGGGGAGCGAGGUUGAGUGGGUUUGCGGUGGGGCGGGAUGAUGCGGGCCGUGGUGGAGGCAUGGGGGGAAGAGGGGGGGGCAAGGCUGGGACCACACCAAGAUUCGUGGAGGGGCAUAAAGAGGGUGGAGGAGGGGAGCCGAGGAGUUUGAGUGCCGAUGGUAGAAAGGAGGGAGAGGCGAGGUGGGAUGUGGAGGGUGGUGGUUGGUGCGUGCACAUGGCUCCCGUGUGGCGCGGCCUCAAGGGCGUUGAGAAGGCCUCAAACGUCCUGUUGCUCUCGCAUGUUCUGCUCCCCUCCACUUCCUCCCCCCCCUCCUCCUUGCCCUGCCCCCACCGCUCCUCUCUCCCCCCCACCGUGGCCUCUCUCCUCACCCCCUCGCCCCCCUGUGCCACCGCCACCCUCGCCUUCUGCUCGCCUGCCGCCCAGCGCGUGCUUGUGCGGCGCGUGGCGUAUGGGGGGGGGCCGAAAGGGAACGCGGAGGCGGUGGAAGAGGAAGAGGGACGAAGGGCUUUUGGGAAGGGCGUGAGGGGGAGAAGUGGGGAUGCGGGAAGGCAGGGCGGUGUCACGAGGGGGGGGGAGAGGUGUGCUGAGAGCAGCAGGGAUGGGCGUGGAGGGAGCCCCAUGUAUGAGGGCGAGCAGACGGGAGGGGGUGGGCUGGAGGGAGUGGGGCAUGCAGUGGCAGGCGUGGCGGCACCGGUGGCGCACACCGAGGGGCACACGGAGGGGCACACGGAGGAGCACACGGAGGGGCACACGGAGGGGCCGGGUUGCUGGUCGGUGGCUGCUGCCUGUGCUGUUGCUCUGGACAACACAUCUUCCAGCACCGCUCUGCACCGCAUCAACCGCUUUCUGCUUCUACUGGACCCCCAAGGCUCGCUCGUGCUCAUGCACGGCCCUCGGCUGCUGUGGAAGGCGCCCUGCUCCACCUUCCUCGCCCACCACGGCAUCACCUUUGACCAGUCAGAGCUUGCCACGUGUCCCCUGCGCCUGUGUGACCCCCUGGGAGACCGUGUGUCCAUCGCCCUCCCCAGCAGCAAGGUGCACCGCUUUCAGGUCAAGCUAGCGGUCGCCUCCUCCCUGCCUGCCAGGUGUCUCGCUGCCAUUGGUGCGAGCGCUUUCCCCCGCCGCCUCUCCCACGCCCUGCGCUGCGCGCUGCUCGCCCCACGCCUCUGGCGGCAGCAGCGGCAGCAGAGGGGGCGGGCAGCAGCGGGGGGAGGGCUGGAGGUGCCGCUGGUGCGGCUGUGCGCGCUGGUGGGCGCCGCUCACGGGGCUAAUGGCCAUGCUGGCGGCGGCGCGGGGGGAGGGGAGGGGGAGGAGUGGGGCACACUGCUGGCUGUGCUGGAAGAGUGGGUUGAGAAGGCCGUGAGGGGCGGUGCUGUUCGCACUGAUGGUGGCACGCACGGAGGGGCGAGAGGGGGGGAGCAGGGCGCGGAGGCAAUGGACGUGGAUGAGCAGCAGGAGAGCGGGGGUGGGUGGGGGUCAGAGAGAGGAGAGGAGGAGAAGGGAGAGGCGGGCACUUCAGCGUGGGAGGGUCUGCUGAGCAGCCAGCAGCAUCGGCAGCUGCUGCUCUCCGGCGCCCCCCCCUGGCUGCCAUUCCCCCUCCCCUCGCCCUCCACCACCCUGUCCGCUCCUCCUCCUCCUCGCCAUCCUCGCAGGGAGGCGGUGAGGGCGUGGAAGGGCGUGCAGGUGGGCGGGUGGCAGGGCGAGGGCGGGGUGGGAAUGGCGGUGGGCGACCUGGUGGCGCUGCUGCAGGUGCUGCACGGCGUGUAUGAGGGCGGCCGCGUGGACGCGCUGUGGGGCAGCUCUUUGCCUCGCCUGGCGGCAGUGCUGUGGGUGCUGGCGGCGGUGCUGGGGCUGCCCGACCUGUGUGACCACUACCAGAGGGACCACCCCCACCUCGCCCUCCUCGCCCCCCACUUCCCCCACCUCCUCACCUCCCCUCUCGCGCCCUCCAUCACCCCUGCCCCCUCGCACGCCUUUCUCCCUCUGCUGCGCUGCCUCCUCCCCGGGACGGCCUCACAGAACCCGCAGCCCUCCCACCCUCCGCUGCCGUCCGUUGUGCCAUGUGUCUUCACCUGGUUGGCUCUCACCGCCCAGUACGGGCCAGAGCAUGCGGCCCCCUGGCUGGCGUGGAUGCCCUCCUCGUGCCUGGGGAGGGCGACGGGGCACGUUCAAGGGCGGGGUGCGGGUGUGGGAGAGUGUGAGGGGGUGCAAGAAGGGGCGUGGUGGGAUGAGUGGGAGACGGAUGGGGAAGGUGCGGUUAGUCUGCUGGCAGUGGUGGUUGCUCUCUUCUCUGCGCUCUUCCCCCGCGGGGCGUGGAGGCAAGGCAGCGCUUCCAUGAGAGUGGGUGGCAAGGGGGUGACGGCGAGAGACGAGCAGGUAGGGGUGGGGCGGGAGCAAGGUGCACAAGAGGCGGAGACGGACAACGGAUGGACCAAGGCAGCAGCAGCAGGGGGCGGGGGCGGAGUCGUGGAGCGCAGUGAGCGGUGUGUGGCGGGUAUGGUGGCGGCAGGCGUGGGUCGUCAGGACCUCCAGAGGCUCCCUCCCGGGGUCGCCCUGCCCUUGCUGCAGGCGCUCCACGAGUGCAGGGACAGCCCGCCUCCCCACUGGCCUGCAGCGGGCUACAUGCUGGUGGGGCGGGACGACCUUGCUGCCACCGCCACCACGUGCCCGCGCUGCUUCUCCCUCCGCCAUUCGCUGCCAUCCCCAUCCCCCGCCACACGCCCUCACCACAGGGGCGCUGCGGAGGGCAGUGGCCCCGCGCCUGCUGCUGCUGCUGCUGCUGCUGCUGCUGCGGGGGAAGUCGAGCCGGUGGGGGCUGAAGCACGCUCACAGCCGCCAGCCGAGCCGUCGCUCCUCACCCCCUCGCCCCUGCGUCCUCCCGUUGCACCCCCCCACUCCCUCUCGCCCUUCUCCUUCUCCUUUCCCCCCAGCGUGCUCAUCCGCCCUCUCUCCCCCUUCCCCGCCUCCCCCCACCCCGCCCUGCACGCCUCCCUCGCCGUGCCCUGGUCCGACGCCUCUCAAGGCCUGGCGUCCGCCUCAGGGGCAGCAGGGGUGGGCGCCAUGGGGGCAGGGGGGGGCAGCGGGGUGGGGGUGGGGGGAGCAUCAGGUGCGGGGCUGGGCGGAGGUGGGGGGGCGGUGGACGGGGCAGGGGGGGAGGGCGGCGUGGCGGAUGGCAUGGAGCACCUGCUGCUGCCGCCCGCCCGCUCCGUGGUGGCGCUGCGAUUUCCAAGCGAUCUGCGACUCGCUGAGGUGCGUGCCCUGCUGUGCUCGUCACGCCCCGUUCCUCUCACGGGCUCCGCUGCUUCCGACUCCACCGACCCCGAUGCUCUCGCCGCCCACCAGGCUCGUUUGUGGCAGUUGGCGUAUCGCACCGUCGCUCUGCCGCUGGGCCGAGCGGCCUUCACCUUCGCCACCGCACAGCCCGCCAUGACCCAGGCCCUCUCAGUGCCCAAGCUGGUGCUGGCGGGUCGGCUUACAGCGCAGAACGACGCCACGGUGGGGCUGGACGGCUCGCUGGGCAACCUAUCAGAGCUGACCACGUGGCCUGAGUUCCACAACGGCGUGGCAGCGGGGCUCGCCUCCGUGCAGCCGGGCACCAUCACGCGUGCGUGGGUGGUGUACAACCGGCCGUCAGAGGCGUCCUGUGCGCACGGCGGCAUGCUGCUCGCGCUGGGGCUGAGGGGCCACCUGCGCGUGCUCGCGCCCACCGACCUCUUCACCCUCCUCGCCCUCGAGCACGAGGCGACGACGGUGGGCAUUCUGCUGGGUGCGGCGGCGUCGUAUCGGGGCACUAUGGACUCUGUCAUCUCCAAGAUGCUCUAUCUGCACAUCCCGUCGCGCCACCCGCCUUCCUUCCCCGACCUCGAGCUGCCGCCCAUCAUCCAGACGUCAGCGCUGCUGGGCGUGGGUGUGGUGUACAUGGGGUCGGCUCACCGCCUCACCACCGAGAUACUGCUGGAUGAGAUCGGGCGCAGGCCGGAGGGCGAGGGCAGCAUGGAGAGGGAGGGAUACUCGCUGGCGGCUGGCCUUGCGUUGGGGCUAGUUACCCUGGGCACGGCGGGCAGUGCGUGGGGCUUGUCGGACCUGCGGGUGGAGGACCAGCUGCAGCGCUACUUCUCGCCCGCUCUCGACCCCUCCCAGCAGGGGCAGCAGGGGGCAUCAGGGCAGGCGGAGUGGAGUUGGGGGGGAGGCAAGGGGAGGGGCAUGGGGCAGUGGCCGGGCAGCAGUGCGAGCAGCAAUGGCCAUGUGCUGGAGGGCAACACGCCCAAUUUGGACGUCACGGCGCCAGGAGCCAUUCUUGCCCUCGGGAUGAUGUACCUUCAGUCCAACAACGAGGCGGUGGCGGCGCGCCUGGCGCCCCCCGCGACGCACUUUGCGCUGGAGCUGGUGCGGCCCGACUUCAUCCUGCUGCGCCUGCUAGCGCGCUCCCUCAUCCUCUGGGACAGCGUCGUGCCCUCGCAGGCGUGGGUAUCAGCGCAGGUGCCCGCCAUCAUCCGCGCCGCUGCUGCUGCCGGGGGGGGGAAGGCGGAAGGGGGUUGGGGGGGGGAGAAUGAGGGGGGGAGGGGUGUGGGGCGGGAACGAGCGGAGGGCGGCAUGGAGGGCGGCAUGGAGGGCGAGGCGGACGUGGAUGAGGAGGCGAUGGCUCUGGCGCUCUGCAACCUGCUGGCGGGAUGCUGCCUGGCGCUGGGGCUGCGCUAUGCCGGUUCGGCCAAUUCUGAUGCAGAGAAGCUGCUCAGAAGCUAUGCACUGCUCUUCUUCUUCCUCAGAGAGCGUCGGCCCCUGCCUGCCCCGUCCGGCCCCUUCGCCUCGGCGCUGCAGCAGUGGCUGCCGUUGCUGGACUCGCGCACCCUCGACACCGCUGUCAACACCGCCGUGCUCUCGCUCUCCCUGGUGAUGGCGGGCACGGGCCACCUGCCCUCGCUCCGCCUGCUGCGUUUCUUCCACCGCCGCACCGCUGCUGCCGCUGAUGCUGCUGCUGUCAACGCCGCCACCACCUAUGGCUCGCACAUGGCGGUGAGCCUGGCGCUGGGCUUCCUGUCCCUGGGCGCCUGCCAGGCCACCUUCUCCACGGCGCCCUCCGCCGUGGCGGCGCUUCUGCUCGCCCUCUUCCCGCACUUCCCCUCCUCGCCCUCCGACCACCGCUGCCACCUGCAGGCGCUGCGGCACUUCUGGGUGUUGGCGGUGGAGGAGAGGGCGUUUGUGGAGGCGGUGGAUGUGGACACGUGGCAGCCUGUCAUUGCUCCGCUGCGCCUCUCCCUCAAGCCCACUCACUCCUCGGCCCCAACCAGUGUGUCGCUGCACACGCCGUGCCUGCUGCCGCCACUGCCGCAGCUGAGGGAGCUGCGUCUGUGUGGUUCGCACUUCUGGCCCUUGCGAGUUGCAGCGAGGAUAGCAGACCCAUCCCACCCGCCAGUGCGAGCCAGGAGUGGAAGGCGGUCAGGGGUGCACCGUGGGGGGGGGAGUGGAGGGCGGAGGGCUGUGGGCUGGAGGGUGGGGGCAGGGGUGGGGGGGGAGAGCAAGGGGAGGGGGCACCUGGUGCUGCUGGUGAAAGGGCGGAGGGCAGAGGCUGGCGGGGGUGCAGCAGAGAGAGAGGGGGAAGGCGAUGGCAACCGGACGGGGGAGGAGCCAGCGCCCGCCUCCACUCGUCGCAUAGCAGCAGCCGUAUCGCUGCCCGACCCGUUCCUCUCUGCCUUCCUCCGCCUCUUCUGCUGCUCCGCGCCGCCCAUUGCUGCAGCAGCUGAGUCUUUCUCAAGCGCACACGGCUUCUCAUCCGCCUGCCAGUCCGCGCUGCUCGUGGCGCAACAGGCACAGCAGCCGCACCUGCUCGAGGUCCUCCUAUCCCUCAUGACCGCCUGCCACGCCGUGCGCUCUCUGCCUCGCUCUCACUGCACCCGCUUCUCCGCCUUGCCCAGCCUCGUCUCCAGCUUCAAGGUACUAGAAGCCUUCAUUCCUUCGCUCCGAGCGCUCGCCUCUACCUCCCGCUAUCACCCCUCCAGCCUUCUCAACUCGCACUCCCCGAUGCCCAUCGUCAGCCCGCUCUUCCUGCACUCUCUCUGCUCCACCCUCCAUCGCGGCCUCCUUGCACCCGCUCACCCGUCCUCCCCUCCCUCCGCCUUGCCCCUCCUUCGCCAACGUCUGGGGGAAUACUCUCACCGGGCCCUGCUCCUGUGGCACCAGCAGCAGCAGCAGCAGCAGCAGGCACCACAAUUGGCAGGUUUAGCAGCAGCAGCGACAGCACUGACAGCAGCAGCAUCAGGCAGCAUGAGGGCUUUAUCAACGCAUGCCACCUGGCACCAUGCAAGCACUCAACUGUUUUCACUCUUCCUCCUUGCCUUCUCCUUCCCUCCCCCUCUCGCCCUGGGCCGCGCUUUGGAUACUGCUGCCACCUCUUGCCCUGCACCUGCCUCCACCCCUUCCACUCGUGUGGCUCUCAUCCCCUCCCUCCCUCUGUCGCUGCUGCUGGCUCUCCUCCUCCCACAGCUACGGCAACACUCAGGUGUCUUGGCUCUGCUGCUUGAGGCUGUAGAGAGAUUGACAUAGUCUUGUAACAUUUCAAGUAGGUAGGUAGCAGAAGUACAUAUCAUAGUCCUAGAAUGAUCCAAGAGGCAAUUGGAUUGGAGUAUGUUGGGCAUGUCCUUUUCUUCAGAAUGUUAAAGGAUGUUCAAACUUGCAUUCCUGAAGUUUGGUUAGUCUCCAUCAGUAAAGUGAUACCUCUUGU